AUGAAUCUUCAUCCUCAUCCAACAAAAGCAGGUGCAACAAUGAACACCGAUGAACAUAUCUCACCAUCGUCGUCAUCAUCAGUCGUUCAGCCAGAUAAAAUGCUUCUUUUAAAUGCAAAUCUAUCUCAAGAACCGACUACACCAUGUAUACUUAACACGCCGAAUACUUGUACAAAAAAUUCGACAUUUUUCUAUGAGAUUCCAACUUCUAUGCAAACAACAAUAUUAUCGGAUACACAAUCAUCUACUAUCCAAACAUUACCUCAAGUAGCCACGUCAUCUAGUGAAACUGAAAGUUGUUCAACAAAACAACUACUAACAUCCACAUCUUCACCACCUGUGCCAUCAGUUAACGUUUCUACAUCUUCAUAUUUAACCGAUAUUGCCAAUGUACCACCAACACAGACAUCUGACAAUAUCAAUGACGAUACAGCGAUGCAACUACCGCGUAGUUUAAUUAAUGAUAAUAAGCCGUAUUCAUUGAAUUUACAAUUGAAAAGUCCUCUAACACAUAUCACAGCGUCAUCAUCACCGCCGUCGCUGCCACGUUCGUCAUCAUCCACAAAUUCCUUGAUUGAUAAUUCAAAUAUUGAUGAUAGUACUAGCAACACUAAUCCUACCAAUGGCGCACUGAAUGUCAAUGAACAAAUUCGUACUCUGUUAACGUCUAAUCCAGUUGGAACUGAUUAUAGUAUUAAUCCGUCGACUAGCACACCACCACCAUCAUCAGCACCAAAUUCCACAUCAUCAUCUGUACCAAGUGAAUCAAAUAUGAAUUACGUUGAGCAAUCUCAUUAUGUUCCGUAUGGAACACCGCAACCAACUGUUUCGCAACAGAUUUCCUCGUCCUACCAUGAUCCAAUGGGUAAAUCAAACUCAGUAUCAAACAAUUUCAUGUCGACAAUCAAUAUGAACAGUACGGAUUGGCCAGCAAAUUCCACAGCAAACAACUACCCUCUACAACCAUCAAUAACUUCAACACCAUGUGUCAAAAAUGAACCACAGGAUUAUGCAAUGACCAUCAUCAAUGAUCAACCAGCUCGCUUUUCGAAACCGAAGACUUAUACAAAUAGACCAUCGAAAACGCCUCUACAUGAACGGCCAUUCUCGUGUCCGAUUGACUCUUGCCCACGAAGGUUUUCUCGAUCAGAUGAGUUAACAAGACAUAUUCGAAUACAUACGGGUGAUAAACCAUUUCAAUGUAAAAUCUGUGCUCGAGCAUUUUCAAGAUCUGAUCAUUUAACAACACACAUUCGAACGCAUACCGGAGAAAAACCAUUUUUAUGUGAGACGUGUGGACGUCGAUUUGCUCGAUCCGAUGAACGUAAACGUCAUGGAAAAGUUCAUCAGAAACUACGGAAUACUAAUUUAAUUCAACAUUCGUUACCAAAAGGAUCUCAACAACUGAAUAAUCUAUCGGUUUUAUCAAAUAAUCUCUUAAGUAACAUGGAUGGCGACGGCGAAGAUAGUUCGUCUCAGCAUAGUAUUACGGAUUCAUCGGACCGGCAUCAACAGUUUCAUUUACCUACUCAUUGGGGUUGA